AGAAGCCUUAUCAGUAUUAGAAAAAGGGGAAAAAACCGAAUAGGCGAACCUAAUAAAUCAAAGAUCAAACACAGUUUUCUUCAUAUUUUAUAAGUGUUUAUUCAAAUGUUCCAUUUUAAUCAUACUUUUAGAAUGCACGACUCAAACACAAGCUGCUGCAAGCUUCGACAACGAUGAUCAUUAUAAUACUGGAAGAAAACUUAUGAAAAAAAGAUGAAUAGUCCAGAGUUUAUAAUUUACAUGAUGGUAGUAGCCAUAUUCUCCAUGAUGUGGGUAUGCUGCCGUCUUUAUUGUCGACACGCCUGCAAAGAUGAACGUGAGGGUUCAAACGACGAUAACAUUGACUGUGAGGGAUGUUGCUGUUACGAUGAUCACUCUCUGGAAAAUCCUAGUCAUGCAAGAGCCCCAGCAACUACCACUUGGCAACCACCAGUUCAACAGCAACCUCGACAGUUAACCGAUUUUGGAACUCUUUCAACGGAACCAAACACGCUUUCGUUUUACAACAGAGCCAAUUUUGAGGAAACGCUGGCCACUGCAACCAUAUUUGCCCAAGGCAGUUCUAAUUUUCAAGCACCUCUUGAAAUCGCUAAUGCUCCUCCGCGGUAUGACUUUAUGAAUGCUCCUAGUGUCCCACAUCCAUACAACGCACCCAGUGAAUCUCAUAUAUAUAAUAUACCAAGUAUUCCAGCUGCAGUCCAUUCAGUGAAUGCUGACGAUCCACCACCUGAUUAUGCAAGUGUAGUUCUCGGAGAUUUGCUUCAAGGAAAUGAACACACACAAUUUCCGAGGGUCACGCAAGACAAAUAACAUGUAUAGCAUAAAAAAUAAAGAUUGUACUAAUUUAUGAAAAUAUAUUAUCUAUCAACUGUCAGUUUUAACGCUUUUUGGGGAAGAUGUUUUCCAAGGUUGGCAGAAUUCCAUAGCUUCUAUAAGUCUCGUGUUCUUUAUAAACUAGAGCGAGGGAAUAAUAUUUUCUCUUGAUUCUGAUCUUAACAAAUUGACCUAUGGUAUUUAGAUAUAUUUAAAUCACUAAAAAAAAAUUGAGGACCAAUGUUAUUUCUACAACUGUUAUAAUUUUUGCCAUCUGAUGUUUUCGAUUAAAAACUGUCUUUGAAAUCAACAUAUUGGAAAUGUUUAUUGAGCAGAGGUAGAUAAAGCAAAAAUAUACUGGAAAAUAGCUGAAAAAUAAUUUAAUAUUAUUUAUUAUCUUUAUAAAUGAUAUUUAUACCAGACACUCAUUAAAUUGUUAUAGAUUCGUUAUAAACAUCUAGUAGAUAAUUAUUGGGGAAAGUGAGUAGAAAAAGAGAGUUUAUAUGUUACUGUGAAUGACCGAAAUUGGUGGUUGUUGACUUACACCUGUGAAUAUUGACAAUCACACAGUUGCUUUGGUAAAUGCCGUUUGGAAUAUAACCUCGGUCAGAGAAAUGUUAGAUUUUCGAAAAAGUGAAGAACUUUUCUUUGUUUUGUUUUCUCAAAUAGAAAACAAUGUUUCAAAUUUUUGACAGGCAAUGCUUUAAAAAAAAUCUUAAGACAUUUUGUUACCAGAAGGUCUCUUGCUUCCUUUCCUUUUUAUUAUUCUUAACUCGAUGGAAAUGAAAAAAAAAUCAAUGAGUUGAAGUCAUGAAAGGUUUCAGUGAUGAUCAUGUCAUAUGUAGAAAGAUCAGCAACUUCCAGUUUGUAUCGCAUACUUGUUUCGACAUUCUGUGACAGUUAGUGAGAAAUAGGCAAAGUAUCCUCAAUUUUCCUAAGAAAAUUUUCUAACAUUGCCCAACUAAAACAUUAUAUGAAAAUUCAGGUAUAAAAAUUCCACAAUUAUUUGGUGACCACAAUUAGUUGUGACUUAUGAGAUAAAGCUCUCAUCUCCCAAAGAGGUGACCUAUGGUUCGAGUCCCUGCUGUGGCUUAUCGAUACGAAUUCAGCUCAAGAUUACGCUAAUCACAGUGUUAAUGUAGAAUAUUCUCAAUGGAUAAAUCAUGUCUUAGAAUCCCUUUUGCUGUCAGACUAACCGUGCUAGGUUUCAAGUUGUCCUCCCUAUGUGACGCAGAUGUGGAGAUCAAACGAAGAAAGAAACUGACCAUAUUGUAGGACUAAUCGCGAAGGACGAGCUAUCGUUUUCUAGGCAACUAGACGGCAUGGUGCUGGUUGGUUUCCUUUAAAAAUCCACGAUGGCUAUUUACUUAUAUUGCAUGAACUAGAUACAGUUUUUUGCCACCCAAACAGUUUUUUUUUUCAGAAA